AUGUCCCUACGUGACUGGGCAGUACGUGCUGUUGCCAAUUCCGUUGAAAUUACUCCAUGUGCUUUAUUCAAUUUGCCGAUUCCUGCAAAUCAAAUAAAGACUGUGCAGAAUCUGCUAGUACAUCGUCUUCAAUACGUUAGCAUUUAUGAACCAAAUCCUUUGGUGGGAAAGCUUCUUCGUGCUACAGUUCGAAGUUAUAUGAGUUUCUAUACCUAUGCCUUCUGUCAGCAACCGGCCGUGAUGAACGGAACUCAACCGCAACUUGUUGACGCAACGUCUGGACGACUUGCGGGAGAUCAAGAGCAGUUUGAAGAGUGA